AUGUUCCGGAACAGAUUCAUGCUAAUCUUACGAUGUCUGCAUUUUACAUCAGAACCAAGCGAUGAAGAAAGGCUGCCUAAAAUUCGUCCAGUUAUGUUCCAUUUCAACAACACAAUGAAUGCUAUUUAUUAUCCAGGAAAACAGCUUUCUUUGGAUGAAUCUAUGGUGUUGUGGCGUGGUCGUCUAGUGUUUCGCCAGUUCAUCAAAAAUAAGAGACACAAGUAUGGUGUUAAAUUGUACGUUCUGGCUGAGCCUGAUGGUACAGUAAUAAAAUUUCAGAUAUAUGGUGGUGCAGGUGAUGAGACUGCCGGAGUUGGACACACUCAAAAAGUUGUUCUGAAGUUGCUGGAAGAAAAACUAGAUUCUGGUCACAGUGUUUAUAUGGAUAAUUAUUACAAUUCGUAUGAUUUAGCAGUAAAACUGUUGGAUCGUCAAACUUAUUGUACUAGUACCCUUGGUAAAACACGAAAAGGAAAUCCUAUCGAACUUGGCACAGUCACAUUAAAAAAAGGAGAAAACAAAUCUUUAUUUUUGAAUAACGUACACAUCGGCAAAUGGAGAGAUAAGCGAUAUGUGCUUUAUUUGACAACGGAGCACGAAAAUGAAAUGAUUGAAGUUACGAAUAAAAGAGGACAAAUUACAGAAAAACCUUCAGCAAUCGUGCACUACAACCACUUUAAGUCAGGAGUUGAUCUUCAGGAUCAAAUGCUGUCCUACUGUCCCUGCGAGAGGAAGACUAUGCGCUGA